CGUAAAUAAUUAAAUUAUUCGCAUUAAUCCAUUAAAUAUAUCAAUCCAGUGCCCAUGGUAGAUCCCAUUCCAUAGCAGUUUUUUCACGGUGAGAUACUGCAAGCGAUAAGAAAUUCCCUCGGAGAGUUAGGGGUUUGUUUUUGAUAUAAUCCGACGCGAAGUUUGACUGCAAAAUUUCCCACCUGAACAAGUUUCCAUCGGGCCCUGCAGGGAUUCAAACAUUGAAAGUGAAUAAAUUCAUCAAAUAUUUUCCUGGAUUCGAAGAAUUUCCGAUUUCCAAUAAUCAAAUGACCAAUAUGGGAAUUGAAAAAUCGCCAGAGGAGAAAAAUAUCUCGAAGAUGGAAAUCAAAGACUCAAAAUGGAGGUGGGUUUUAAUGGCGGUGUACAUCUUCUACUGUGGAAUAAGUGCAUUUCAGUGGGUGGAGUAUUCCAUUGUCGCAAACAUUAUAGUAAGGUAUUACAAUGUGACAGUGGAGAAGGUAGAUUAUACUGCGAUGGCAUACAUGCUCUUCCCUAUACCUUUAGUAAUUCCGGGCUCUCACCUAGCUGAAUGCAUCGGUUUGAGGUGGACCAACAUUGUUGGCAGCGGUCUAAUCUGCCUCGGUUCGUGCAUUAAAGUGUUCUCGGUACAUUCCGAUCGAUUCCUGGUGACACUCAUUGGCCAAUCGUUUUUAGCUACUAGUCAGGUUGUAAUUCUGACUAUUCCCGGACGCCUCGGCGCGCUGUGGUUUCCACUGAGACAGAUAUCCACAGCUACAUCGUUGGCUGUGUUUGGAGCCCAACUUGGUAUUGCUUCGGGAUUUUUCUUGACCCCAUUAUGUAUUAGGAAUCAUGAAAAUGUUGAGAAUAUUGGGGAAGAUCUCUCGCGGUUAUUCUGGGUAAUGGCUGCUCUCUCCACUGUAGCUUUUCUACUUGUUCUUAUCUUAUUCAAAGAUGAGCCGAAGUAUCCACCGAGUGAAACACGCGCACUCCAGAAGCAGAAACGCGAAGAGGCAGAAAUGACACUGAAAGAACCAAUUAAAAGGCUAAUGAAGAAUCAAAGUUACCUAAUACUGUGUAAUUCAUACGGAUUGGGAAUUGGGGUGUUAAAUGCUCUCAGCACUAUGUUGAAUCAAAUAGUGUUGGCCCACUUCGAGGAUGGUCAAGAAUUCGCUGGUAGAUUGGGGCUCGGUAUUAUUGUAAUGGGAAUGUUCGGCUCUGUUGCAUUUGGCGUUAUUCUCGAUAAAACACAAAAGUUCAAGGCAACAACGGUGACAGUUUAUUUUUUGACUUUAUGCGGACAGGUAUUUUUUGCUCUUUCAAUGUGGCUUGAGAGUAUUCCAUUAGCCUACGUAGCAGCCUGUUUCUUGGGCUUCUUCAUCUCAGGCUAUCUAGCUCUGGGUUAUGAAAUGUGCGCCGAGUACACCUACCCCGAGUCCGAGUCACUGGCCACUGGAAUUUUAAACAUAGGAAACAAUUUAUACGGAAUAAUUCUGGUCCUGAUUUGCAGCAGACUCAAGGAAUAUCACGGCGAUAUUGCUGUACACAUUUGUCUGUGUUCAUCCCUUCUAGUCGGCUUCAUCAUGACAGUCUUCACCAAGGAUGAACAGAGACGUCAGGAUGCCAGAAGAAACAACCUGUACACCGGUGUGGCCCACUAAUGAU